UAAUUCCAUCGUCGUGACCGUGAGCACGUGCUAGUCCGCCAUGACCGACGACGACUACCCCAACUUCGGCAAUGCCUGGACCAGCACGGCCUCCAACACGGCCUCAGCUGGACCACCCCCGGGCGAGUCAGCAUGGAAUCCAGCGCAUCGUCCCGACUCAGACCAGCGACACGCGAGAACAACUUCGACUGUAGACGCCGAUUUCUUCCAUCAAUUAUCCGAGCCCGCAACCGAGCAGACGACGGAGGAAGUGGCAAUGGACGAGGUCGCGGACAAAGCACAGCAUGGGUCGGAGCAGAAGGCGCCGAGCAUAACUGUGGACACACGGAGCGUAGAGCUCGGUGGGUCUGAGGAAGUGGUGGACUCUACAGGACCAUCAGCGAAUGCCGGGGAGCCCAUAAGACGAGGAGAAGCGGACGGCGGGAGUGAGCCGAGUCCUCCAAGCACGGCCAUCGAAGAGAUUUUGGGAGACGACGAGGCGCCGAUAUACAGUUCGAAGCAGACUGCGCAGAAGCAGGAGGAGGAGCUCGAGCAACAUAUGUCUGUACCUGACCGUGAACCCCUUUACAUCAGCUCGCCGGGAGAUCAAACACCCAUCUCCCACGAAGCCGAGAUCGAGAGUGAGCUGGCCAGAUACCAUGAGCAGAGCGAGUCAUACGAGCAUCAAGGCGAUUUGACACAGAUGGAAGAGGCCGUAGACGAAGCUCCCACCGCAUCCCUACUGGCCGACGAAGAAGCGCCGCCGACAGUGGAUGAGGUGCAGGACGAGAGGACACCACACAUGCAGGCAGUGCAAGAGGACUCUGUACUCGAAGACUUCGACGGGACACCAGCAUUCGGAUCACCUCUUCCCAAAGCAAAGGCCAGCGUUGGCCAGAUUGACCGGAGCUUCACCACCAAUUUCACUGAGAUUCCGGCAGCAGAGGAGGAACAAGAGCAAGAGCAAGAAGAAGAUCGGCCGGACAGCUCAGAGUGGCCAUCAGCAGGAGACGACAAGACGUUUGGUGAAUUGCUGGAUAACGAACAAAGCGGAAUUAUACACGUGAGGGGCUUCUCAGUGGACCCAGUAUCGAAACCUGAAUCAGACCCGUGGGGCGGCACCGACGACGAUGACAGCUUCAAUGAGCUUUUAGGGAGCUCGCACGGCCAGUUCGCGCAGGACGUGCCAGUCGCGCAGGCCGAAGAAGUGUCUUCCGUAGAGGCUCCAGUGACUGCGCCUGAGGACAAGACGGAGGAUGACUUGGCAGCUGCCUUUGCCUCAGUACUGCUGGACGACGACCUGCUGGAGGAUCCGAAGGAUAUGGACAUGUCUGCUAUUUUCGGGGACGACGAUCCUGGGUUUUUGGACGACGAGCUGCUCACAGACUCGCAGCCUUCCGCACCAGCGCCAAUCCUUCCUCCGGCACAAUCGACACAAACGCAACGAGGGCAAAGCCCGUACGUACCUGCGACAACACAACAAAUGGGGGCCCAACCAAACUCGUAUGCUGCACCUGGUGCUCAAUUUGUGCAGCAAAAUCAUGGCAGAUCAGCUGGGACACCGUCGACCGGCCUCUACGAUGUCUAUGGACAUGGCUCUGUGCAAUCGCAGCAACAACAGCGUCCUGCCAGCCAUUCAGCUCAAAGUUUCGUCGACAAGGCAAAGGGAGGAUAUCAGUCGCCUUACGAUCUGCCCAUGGAGGUAGUAAAGCCGAAACAACGCCCACGGCAAUCACCUGCCCAAAACCAAGCUGCUCCUGUGGCUCCUCCGAGAAGCAGCAGUAUUUCUUCAUACCAAGGACAACCGUCGCUCCAAAGAGUGCCCACUGGCCCACCACUAAGCGGUUCCACACCACCACCACCAAAUGCCGGAGUUGCUCCCCCAGCAUCGACAGGCAGUUCGCAACCUCAAAAGCCUUCAGCAUCCGGCAAUGGUUUUUUCGAAGACCUGCCGAUUGUCCCAAAGACAAAAGCACGGCACUCUGGAGCAUACACUCCUCAGCUGUCUUCAACGUCCACUCCGCCAGCUAACCAGAUGGCCCCUCGUGGACCAUCUGCGCCGCAGAUGCAAAGACCACAAGGUCCCCCGACGCCCGCUCAUCAUUCCUCUUAUGGCAAUCUGCGGCAGCCAGAAAAGUUGCCAUUGCAUCCUGACCAAGUCGCGGGACCAACACCCGCACAAACUCCAUCUAUGCCUCCGGCGAGCCAGCGUUACUCCCCAAGCUCGUUACCCGCACCCGCACAAAAUCAGAAUCGAUUCUCUCCCGCGCCUCCCUCGCAAGCGCCACCUACAGCCGGAACUCGAUAUUCGCCUGCGCCCGCAGCGCAGGUGACUGCAAAGAAGUAUGCGCCUGCAUCCACAACAGCUCAAGGGAUUCAAAGCACUCACGCAUUUGCACCUCGAACAAGCAGUCCUCUGGCGUUCCAUGGCAGGCCGCAGGCAGACUCACAGGGCCCUCCGUCGAUAUCUUCAUCGCCGCCAAAGUCAAACGGCAGGGCCUCUCCAGCAAUCCUAUCACCGCCCAGGUCUGGCAGCAUGGCAUACUCUCCGAGCGAGUCGAGGGCUACAUCACUCAGCAAUUUUGCCUCGCCACCACAGAAUAUCUCGAUGCAGCCUCCUCCAGUGCAAACGAGGGUUUCAAAAUACGCUGCAAAAGUACCCACGGAGAUGCCCACUUCUGUCAUAGCACCAGCCGCAGCAACAUCAUCUUCGCAAAAGCGUGCAUUCUUGGCGCAUCGCAGACAGUUUUCACGCGACCUGGAUUUUGUGGCACCGCAAGAUGAGCAUGCUCAUGAUCCGUUGCAGAGGUGGAAAGGACAUCCGAUCUUCACCUGGGGCGAAUCUGGUAUCGUGAUCAGCAGUUUCCCGAAACAGACGCCCUUCUAUGCGGCUGGUCAAGGGGUGCCCAGCAUCAAGAGUACGCCAGGUUCGAUUACUGUACAGCAAGCUACAACUUUUAUGCCCAUGGACGAAUUGAGUGCGAAGUUCCCAGGACCAUUGCCAACCAAGGGCAAGAAGAAGAAAGAUGUCCUAGCAUGGAUGACGAGCAAGAUUGAAACUCUUCAGCAACACGCAGAGGCUGUACGCAUGGACUUUGACAUCGAACCAGAUUUGAAGAAAAGAGUGCAGGAGAAACUCGUUUUGUGGCAAAUCAUGAAAAUCUUUGUUCAGCAUGACGGAAAACUGGAGGGCGACAAGAAGAUCGAGGAAGAAAUCCGAGCUGUGCUUCUACCGAAUUUGGCACAGAUGGGCCAAGCGAUGGAACUGCAAAGCCCCGUCAACACGCCUGGAGCUGGUCCUCAGGCUGAGCCUCUGGACAGAGUCGUCAUUUUACAACUUCGACAAGCACUUCUUGAAGGUCAGCGAGAACGCGCCGUGUGGCUUGCUGAGGAGAAGAAGUUGUGGGGGCAUGCCAUGCUCAUCGCCUCCACCAUGGGCCCCGAGACAUGGCAGCAAAUCACCCAGUCAUUCGUUCGCUCGCAAGUGAAGACCGCUGGCAGCGAUGCACGCAGUCUUGCUGCACUAUACCAGGUGUUCGCGAACAACGUUGAGGAGUGUGUGGACGAGCUCGUUCCACCCUCUGCUCGUGCGGGCUUCCAGAUGAUGUCAAAGACCGAAGGUGCGGUGUCCAGAAAUCCUCUCGAGGGUCUCGAUCAAUGGCAAGAAACUCUUGGCCUUAUCGCUGGCAAUCGUACGCCUGCAGAUGGCAACUCAUUACUGGCUCUCGGCAAGCUGCUGAGCAGCUACGGGCGUGCAGAGGCUGCGCAUACGUGCUUCUUGUUCGCGCGCGUAUUGACAAAGCACACUGGGGCCGAUGAUCCAGAAGCCACUUUCGUACUACUUGGCGCGAACCAUCAACGGCAAGACGAGAGCUUUGGCAAUGAUCUUGACUCCAUCAUACUCACAGAAAUCUACGAAUGGGCAAGCUCGUUCUCACAGCAGCGAGCUGAGUACACGCCACACCUACAGCCCUUCAAGCUGAAGCACGCGCAGGAACUUGCUGCAGCAGGCCUGAAAAACCAGGCCCAGGCAUAUUGCGACCACAUUGCCAAGGCGUAUCAGUCUACGACGAAGCCAUCUCAGUACUAUCAUCCGACCUUCACACAGACCGUCGCCGACCUCAGCGCUUUCCUGUCGCAGACGCCCCAGAGCGGUCCGCAAGGCCUGCUGUCCAAAGUGUCAAGCGCCAAGGUGUCCUCUAGCGCAUCAAGCUGGUUCACCAAGUUUGUGGCAGGCGACGAUGACCAGGCCUCGAAUGCAUCUGGUGCCGGUAGCGACACAGCAGGACCAUUUGGCGGCGUGACUGGCGAUUCCCCUGACAUCAGUCGUGUUGGCUCCUCGUCAGAUAUCAACCAGAUGUACAACCCGAUGAUGGGAGGCAUGCCAGCUUAUGGUCAACCAGGCAUUUCUGCGCUCACACAGCAGUUCCAGCCUUCGUCCGCGCCCAUGCAGCAAUUCCAGCCAUCCUCGGCGCCAAACAACAGCAGAUACGCACCUGGGGCUGCCAGCAAAUACGCCCCCAUGUCAGCAGGUAGCAUGGGCUCCAAUGACCAAAGACCUGGUACGUCUUCAUCACGGUCGUACGCGCCAUCUCCUCAACCUUUGGCUGUUCCGCGACCGGAACUUCAGAAAGCUGCAUCUGAUUACAGCAACGACUCGCGACCAGGAUCCUCACAUUUCUCGAGUGGUAGCUACGAGCCGAGGCCUUUACUGAGCGAGCAGCCCAUCUCGCACUCAUAUUCACCACUGGUGCAGCAUCAAGAAGCGUCGUCUUACAGCCCACAGCCACCUUUGGACGACAGGUCAAACGGAGACUCACCACAAUCGGGCAUGCCUGAUGCCGAGGGCGGUGGCUACAUGCCGCCCGCUGCCAACAGCUAUGACCCGGGCAACGGAUAUGGGUAUGAACCACCUGCCUACGUGCCUUACGAGCCUGAACCAGAUAAUGAAGACGAAGGUGAGAAGCCCAAGUCUAAGCCCAGACGGAGCAUUAUGAAUGACGAUGACGACGAUUUGGCCACACGCGCUGCAGCACUCAAGAUCUCUUCGCCAGCUCCGUCAUCAUCAAUUUCGAAGUCGGAGGCGGAUCGCAUCGCGGACGAGGCGUUCAAGAAAGCUGCCGAAGCUGACGCAGCACGAGACGCGCAGAAAAAGGCAGAGAAGAAGGGCUGGGGCAUCGGACUUGGAGGCUGGUUCGGUGGCAAGAAGGGCGAUCAAGGCAUCCCGCAACAACAGUCCGGACCCAUCAAAGCCAAGCUUGGAGAGGAGAACUCGUUCUACUUUGACAAGGACCUUGGCAAAUGGGUCAACAGGAAAGACCCUAAGGGCUCAGAUAGCGCCGCAGCUGCCACACCUCCUCCGCCAAAGGGACCUCCCAGCAGAGCAACUAGUGGCGUGAUGGGUCCUCCUUCUGGUCCACCCAGUCGUGUCAGUUCAGGGUCCGGUAUGCCUCCACCACCCGCGAAAAUGCCACCUACGCCUUCAAUCCCGGGAUCGGGUCCUCCUUCGCGAGUCGGUACCCCAGCGGAUGGAACUGGGGCUUCUCUUAUGAACCCUGCGGUUAGCGCGCUGAAUGGUGGGCUUCCGGGCUCGACACCACCGAGUCGACCGGGCACGAGUUUGAGCAAUGCUAGCAGUAUUGAUGAUUUGCUUGGUGGACCACCGGGUCCGCGAAAAGCUGGUGGGACUGUCAAGAAGGGGAAGAAGGCGAAUCGGUAUGUGGAUGUUAUGGCGAAGUGAAAAGGAAGAGAUGGUUGUGUCAGGUGAUCAUGGUGAUGAAAGAGGCUUGGAGUCAUGAGAUGUCAUGUCUCGAGACCUCAUUUUUGUGGAUGCUUGAAUGAGACAUGUGUGGAAUGUUGUGAGCAUGGGACUUGGGCGCAAAAUUGGGUCGCUUUUGCAAUGUCUGGCAUAUCUAUAUGGUGUCUCGUUUUGGGGAGUCAGAGUCUGUGUAGGAUACGACUGGGCGUUUCUUGGGAAAGCAUGGGCUGCGUCAUGAGAGAUGGACGUGAGAGAAAGAGACCGUGUUGUAGAAUAGAUGAGCGCAUUAUUUGUCGGCGGUGGCUCGCAAACGCAUAUACUACAUACUACUACUACUAAUUGUUACGCACAUGAGAACUGAG